UUCCUCAUUCUGUCUGCCAUUUCUUUAUAGCUCCGACAAUCACCCCAGAAGAAGAGUGGGAAGCAAUGCUACCAGAAGUUAGGGCUGCUGCAAGGCAGAUCCUUCAACCACUGCAGGAAGAGGAAGAUGAGGAGGUGCUGGAAGUUGAAGAAACAGCAGAGGGUACAUCUGUGCAAAUCACUCAGAUGUUGAGGAAGCUAAAUUACAAGAGAGCAGUUCGCCUCACACAGAAAGCGCUGUGCCGGUUCCAUGGGCAAGAGCCCUUCAGUAGCUCCAAGGAGGAAAGUGAGGAGACAGCAAUCCUGGGCAUUCUGAAGAGACUUUACACAGGUUUCUGCCCAGGUGAGAAUAGUGGGGAUUCUCCAUGUGACAGUAGCAGUCUUACAACUGAAGACGCUGUGCUGGAAGAGCAGCCUCAAGAGCAGCCUCAAAUGGAGCUGGUCAAACAGGAGAUGUUGGUGCAAUAUCUGCAAGAUGCCUACAACUUCUCAGUGAAAAUCACUGAAGCCCUGAGCCUGAUCAGCAAGCUGAUGUAUGAAAACUCUGUUUCAGUUGUUCAAGAAGCGAUUGAGUUCUUCGUGACAGUCUCGCAGUUUGGUGUGCCCCAGGCACUGCUUGGAAUCCGUAGGAUGCUUCCUCUCGUGUGGUCAAAAGAGUCUGGUAUCAAGGAGGCUGUGCUGAACGCUUACAGGCAGCUCUAUCUGAGCCCCAGCGGGGAUUCAGAGAGGUAUGGGUUGUCCUAAACAGGUCGUUUUGUU